AUGGAGAAUGCACUGACACCUACAGAGAAAGAAAACGAAUCACCUAGGAGUGUAACUGUAGCCCUCCCUUCAGUAGCCUCCCCACAGAGAAUUGAACCUGAGAAAACAUUUUCUGCAAUAGGUCAAGAAAGCAUUAUAUGUCAGGAAAAUUCUUCUCAGUACCAAGAAACAACAGUUCAAAACCACCCUUCUGAAAUAGGCCAAGAUAUGGCCGAACCUGAAGACCUCUCUCCUAAAAUGUGCCAAGAAAUAGCUGUAAUUCAAGGCCCUUCUUCCAGAAUGUGCCAUGAUAUGGCUGAACCUGAAGACCUCUCUCCUACCAUGUGCCAAGAAACAUCUGUAGUCAAAGCCCUUCCUUCUAAAACACAUGAAAACAUAGCUGGCAUGGAAGGAUGCGCUCUUGAAGCAUACCCCAAACCAGAUGUGCCUAAAGGCUACACUCUUGAAACACACCAAAAAAGAGCUGAACCCAAGGAAGACAGUACUGAACCAGGUCAAGGAAUAGCUGGGACUGAAAACUUUCCUCCUAAAAUACAACAAGAAAUUGCUAUGCCUAAAGACCUUUCUACAAAAGCAUACCAAGAAACAGUUGAACCUGAACACAUUUCUCAUAAAGCAUACGAAGACAAUUCUGUGCCCAAAGCCCUCUCUUAUAAGACAACCCAAGAAACACCUGCUCAUGAGGAAUGUCCAUCUGAAAUACACAUUUACCAAAAAACACCUGAGCCUGAAGAUUGUGCACCUGAAAUAUACCAAGAAAAACAAGGGCCUGAAGACCUCUCUACUAAGCCAUACGAAAAUAAGAAUGUGCCUACCGAAUGCUUUCCUGAACCAAACCAAGAAGCAGAUGGGCCCCAAG